AUGUCUGUAGAGGGUCUCAUUGGUCUUUGGGAAGGUGCUUCCACCCACCCCUUUUCCCCUGCCGUUGGGAAGAACAGUCAAUUCGCGGUCGGAUUUAUCCUCCUACUUUCAGCAUUCAUCGUCUCUGGCAUAUUCGCUUUCAACCGAUCAUUAGCUACCGUCCCCGCCCUAGGAAUUCCCGCGUCUUUGGCGUUUGGGUUCGGAGCCGUGUAUAUGAUUUGUGCUGUGGGAGUUUACGUUUAG